CUUGCCUCUUUAACUUCCCACAUGUGUCUGGGCUUCUAAAUCUGUCUGGCGACCAUAAGGCUGUAACUCAGCCCUAGCAGCCUUAGCAGAGUGGUGCAGAAUCUCCAGUCCCCACGAGUAGCAGAGCAGAGUGGAGUAGAGUAGCCUCCAACGAGACCUCUUGGAUAACGGAGUGUGCGUAGUGUCCAGGAAAUACCUCACGACUUGGGCAGGGACAUGUUAUUGGAAAAGCUGACAAGGGGGCUGCCUGGAGUCUGUCAUGCAGCUUUUUAAGAGGAGCUCAAUCUCCUUUUAUCUGCCUGACACACCCUGAUUUAGUGAGAGAUCACUGAGAGCCCUGAGUGAGAGACAGAGAGAGGGAUAGGAGAAGGAGAGCAAGACAGGGGGAGAGAUGACCCAAGAACAGUGCACUCAUAGGAACAAUGUCCAGAGCUCAGAGAAACCACAUGUGUACAAAGUGGGGAUUUAUGGCUGGCGGAAACGUUGCCUUUACUUCUUCGUGCUCCUGUUAAUGAUCCUGAUCCUGGUCAACCUCGCUUUAACCAUCUGGAUACUAAAGGUCAUGAACUUCACCAUUGAUGGUAUGGGCAAUUUAAGAAUAACGGAGAAGGGCCUGAAACUGGAGGGGGACUCUGAGUUUCUUCAACCUCUAUAUGCUAAAGAAAUUCAGUCCAGACCAGGCAGCCCACUGUUACUGCAAUCCUCCAAAAAUGUGUCCAUCAAUAUCCUCAAUGGGAAGAAUCAGCUGGUCACACAACUUAUUGCAGGAUCCAGUGGAGUGCGUGCUCGAGGGAAGAUGUUGGAGGUGAAAUCUAGCACAGGGAAGCUGCUGUUCUCUGCUGAUGAUCAGGAGGUGGUGGUGGGAGCAGAGAGGCUACGGGUGACAGGUGCCGAGGGAGCCGUGUUCAGCAACUCUGUGGAGACGCCACACGUCAGGGCCGAGCCCUUCAAAGAGCUACGGCUGGAGUCUCCCACACGGUCUCUGUACAUGGAGGCUCCUAAAGGAAUCCAGAUCCUAGCAGAGGCAGGGGACAUCCAGGCCACGUGUAGAAGUGACCUACGCCUGGAGUCCAAAGACGGAGAGAUCAAUCUGGACGCACGGAGGAUCAGGCUGCUCCGUCUGCCGGAGGGCAAGGCGUCUCCAUCGGGGACCACCUCCAGACAAACUGUCUAUGAGGUGUGCGUCUGUCCCAAUGGAAAACUAUUCCUCUCACAGGCCGGGAAAGGCUCCACCUGCCAGAUCAGCAACAACGUCUGCCUCUAGAACAUAUACACACACAAAAAUAUGCACACACACACAAACACACACACACACACAGAAACAUUUGCACGCACACACACAAGCACUGAAACAUACAAACACAUACAUGUAUACUGAAACACAUACACACAUUGAAACACAUAUACACACGCUGACACACAUACACAUAUAGAUCAUACCGACACACAUUGUUAUCAAACACACACACACACACACAGAGAGAGAGAGACACAUACACAGAGACACACACACACACACAGUGUUCUGUCCCUCCUAACAACCCUCUGGCAGAAACUGAGAGGGAUUCUCCUGCGAUUUACAAAGAGACACUCAGAGUGACAAUGUUCUGUUCGCUGUCCUGAAGACAAUUUCAGUACCAGAAUCACUAGGGUGAUCACCCACAUUUAGAAACCCUGCAAUAUCCUGCCAUUUUACACUCUUUGCUUGAAGUCAUCUACCACACAUGUGGUGAUAGAAGGCUCAUUGCUAUUUUGUUCAUUUUUCCAGUUUGUUAGCAGUUCUAACGAAUAUUGUCUCUUGUUUUGAAACAUGAAGUGCGUGCCACAAGUGUUUUCUUUUGUGAAUGAUUUUGAUUGUCAAUGUGUCAAGCUUGGUAACACUUACAUAUCAUGUCAAUUCACGUAAAUGUCGACUUUAUAGAAUCAUGAAGAGAACAACAGCAGCACAGAUUUUUAACCCACACAGCUAAGGGAACAUUAUGGUAAACAUUGAGUAUAUCUCAAUAUAUACCAGAGUAUAUACUGUAUAUAUACCAUAAAUACCAUAGAGAGCAUAUCUGCAAAUCUGUGUAUGCGACCAAUAAACUUUGAUUUGAUUUGAUGGAGAUGUGAUGGUCUUCAUAGGUGAUCACCCUACCAUUUCCUCGUACUGGGACUGAACCAUUGUGACCCACUCUGUUCAAAGAGGGGAAAUUGUGCCUGUGCCUUAUAUCAAUGCACUUGUGGCAAGGAGAAGCACAUCACACAGACUUUCUUUUGUUAAUGAGUACAUUCGAUUUUUCCUUUCGGUUAAAUCCGCUUUGUGUGUAGAGGGUGGGAAUGCAAAGAUAUCUGAUUCACCCAACUGCAUGCACCCACACCCUCUUUCUCCCUCUCCUUUUCUCAUAUUUUUUCAGUGGUUUAAUCCCUUUGACAAUAAUAUUUGGGCCAACAUAUUGGUAAACACAUGUUUUUUUAUAUAGUUUAUUUGUAAAUACACAAUCACAUCUGUGUGUGUCAAGGACAUAUCCUCGAUAAAUGGAGAAUAUGCUCUUUUGCAAAUUCAAGCUUUUAUAAUAUCAUGUGUUUUUGUAAAAAAAAAAGAAAAGAAAAAAAGAUUGAAUAAGUAAACAUCUUGAUAUUCUACAGGUACGCAUGUAUAGUGUACAAUGUUUGCCUUUUGGGAGAAGUGAUAUUGCUUUUUCAUAUUUUGGUCCUCUUCUUUGUGUGAACUUCUCACAUGCUGAGCUCAAUAGUACAUAUGAAUCCUAGCCCAUUUUGUUUGGCAGUUGGGGGUGAGGUCUUUGCAUUCCUCGUGUGUUGUGUGGAAUUUGUUCUACUAAAGCUUUUUUUUGUUUGCCUUUUAUCGACUGUGUAUUUGGCUCUACUUGUUCAAUGAUGCUCAGAGUAACCGACACACAAACCAAAAAGUGGAGGGGCCCCUACUAUGACUUGAUACGUAGUCAUCUUGUACAGUACUCAUUGAGUACUUGUCCUUAGCUCUCAUACACUGCAAUCCUCCUGAAGCAAUCUGAAGUGAACAGUGUCUGUGUUCAAGUUUAUUAGAGAGGAAAUGGAUGUACUCAAGUCCACUUUGCCUUGCAUCGAUGUCCUCUUCCUUUACUCCAUUUCAAUGGGGCUGUUUGCCUCAGCUUAGACCACUCGUUAUAAGUGCAGCAUCCCUGCUGAGGAAAGCAAUACAGUCUUCAGGAGGGUUUUUACAGCUGGGUUUUUACAGCUCUGUCAAUGUUGUGCUACUGUAUAUUCAAGAGAUGUUACGUUUUGUAUUGGCUCUGUAAAAUGUUUGUUCUUUCUCCACAUAAAAGCCUUUUAUUAAUUUAGAUUUCAGACGCACACACUGUAAAAUGCCACUGAGUAUUGCUGAUAGUAUAUAAUAAACUAAAUGUCAAGAUGACUGAAGCAUUUCCCCAGG